UACAGAACAAGAAAGAGUAACGUCAUUACUGAGGGAAUCUUUCCAAAUAUUCGUUGUAUAUUUCCUCGGUACCGUAAAAUAUGUGCGACGCUACAAACCGAAAUUUUCGGUCGCAGUUAGCCGCUGUCCUGGAUAAGCUAAUGAAGGCAGCUUUGGUUGAAAUAGGCAACCUAGCUGAUGAAUGCUCUUCCGUCCUUCACACCGAGAUAUCUCUACAUAAGACGGAAAAUGAGGCGCUAAAGAAGAGGUGUUAUUCACUGGAGGUCCAGCUGAGAGCAGCGAGGGAGGCACAGAGCUAUCCCCCACAUGUCAACUGUGUCAACCGCCGACACCCCACAGGGCAGGAGCAGAAUCCUCCAGCUAUUGAUGGAGUGUUUGGGAAGGACUGGUGCAUGGAUUUGUGGAGAGAAGAACAAAAACUCCCCCCUCAUAGGAAAGACACAGUGGAGCCUACUGCUAUGACUAGUAUGGCACCACAGGCUCUGGACUUGAUGGAGAGAGAUCCUGAUCUUAUUUUUAUCAAGGAGGAAUUGUUUGAUGAUCACCCCAUUGGUCAGCAGAUGACGCUCACAGAUAACAGAAAAAUUGUUGGACUUUUUGAGGAGGACAACAUGCUUCAUAGAGCUGUUGAUGAUUUGCAGCUUCACACAAUGGAACUAAAUAACUUCCCUAUGGCAGCUGACAGUCAAACACAACGCACACAGCCAACUAUUAUGGACAAAUUAAUAGAUGAUGCCACGAUGGGCAGUCUGGUGGACAAUACCAAUCCCCCUCCAGCUAUUGGCGAAUACUCAGACUAUGCAAACAAUAUUCACACAAAUGCCACCAAAGAACUCAUCAUUCAACCAAAACCUAUGAAGCCCACUAAACGAUUCGAAUGCUUAUUCUGUGGGAAAAUAUUCAACUAUCUGAGCAGUUUAAAAGUCCACAUAAGGCGACACUCUGGCGAGAAGCCGUUUUGCUGCUCGGUUUGUGGAAGGCGCUUUGCACAGAAAACGUACCUGAAACUGCACCAGCGCGUACACUCUGGAGAGAAGCCUUACAGCUGUCCGGACUGUGGCAAAAGUUUUUCCCAGAAAAGCUCUCUGAACAUACACCUCCGAACACACACAGGAGAAAAACCUUAUAGCUGUGUGGAUUGUGGGAAAUGUUAUGCAUACAAAUAUGGCUUAAAUCACCAUCAGUGUUUUAAUUGACUGAACA